AUGUCUGGGUCUACUCCAACACACAAGAGGUUUUCCUGUACUGAGUGUGGGAAGUGUUUCAAAUUUCAAUGCUAUCUUAAUGUGCAUAAAAUAACUCACACAGGUGAAAAGCCACAUUCUUGCCCUGAGUGCGGCAAAUGCUUUUCACUUAAGUCCAAUCUUCAUAAACAUCAGAGUUCUCACGCAGGGGAAAAGCCAUAUCCCUGUCCUGAGUGUAAGAAAUCUUUUGUACAUAAAUCACAACUUGUCGUACAUCAGAGGUUUCACACGGGAGAAAAGCCAUAUUCCUGUUCUGACUGCGGUAAAUGUUUUUCACAGAAGAACAAUCUGAGAACACAUCAGAAAUUUCACACAGGGGACAGGCCGUUUUCCUGUCCUGAGUGCGGCAAUUGCUUUGUACGAAAAUCUGCAUUUGUCCUACAUCAGAGAUCUCACACAGGGGAGAAGCCUUAUUCCUGUCCUGAGUGCGGGAAACGUUUUUCAGACAGGUCUGUACUUAACAAACAUCAAAGAUUACACACAGGUGAGAAGCCGUUUUCCUGUUCUGUUUGCGGAAAAUAUUUUAAACAAAAAUCAGAUCUUGUCAUACAUCAGAGAUCUCACACCGGGGAGAAGCCGUAUUCCUGUCCUGAGUGCCAUAAGCGGUUUACACGUAAAACCAAUCUUUACACACAUCAGAGAUUGCACACAGGGGAAAAGCCGUAUUCCUGUCUUGAGUGCAGGAAAUGCUUUUCAGACAAGUCUGAUUUUAACAAACAUCAGAGAGUGCACACAGGGGAGAAGCCUUAUUUCUGUUCUGAUUGCGAUAAAAAAUUUAAACAUAAAUCAGAACUUGUCACACAUCAGUGGUCUCACACAGGGGAGAAGCCGUUUACCUGUUCUGAGGGCGGGAAAGAUCUUCAACAACAAUCAGCACUCAUCCCACACCAAAGGUCUCAGACGGGUGAGAAGGCGUAUUCCUGUCCUGAGUGCGGGAAAUGUUUUUCACGGAAAACCAAUCUUUACACACAUCAUAGAUUGCACACGGGGGAAAAACCGUAUUCCUGUCUUAAUUGCAGGAAAAGCUUUUCAGACAAGUCUGAUUUCAACAAACAUCAGAGAGUGCACAUAGGUGAGAAGCCAUAUUUCUGUUCUGAGUGUGGUAAAGGCUUUAAACAAAAAUCAGAACUUGUCACACAUCAGAGUUCACACACGGGGGGUAAAAGCAGUAUUGCUGUCUUGAGUGCGGGGAAUGUUUUUCAGAUUAGUCCGAUCUUUACAGACAUUGGAGAUCUCCCACUGGGGGAGAAGCCACUGUCCUGAGUGAGGGAAUUGUUCCUCAGUGAAGUCCUGUCUUCCUGUUCAUCAGGGAUCCCACAUAACCCUCAAGGUGUAUUAGUGCCUUGAGUGCGGGAAAUGUCUUCUAUAUGAAUGUUGCUGGACAUCACGGCUCUCAUGUGGGGA